CCAGAAUAACCCUCUCUCUCUUUCUCUCUCUCUGUCUCAUAAUAUUCUUGUUUUGGAUUAUUGAAGAGUUAUCAGUGGGCAGCUCUGAGCUGAGAGAAAAAGAAAAAGAAGAAAAAAAGAGACAUGGGGAGAGCUCCUUGCUGUGACAAAGCCAAUGUUAAGAAAGGGCCAUGGUCUCCUGAAGAAGAUGCCAAGCUCAAGUCUUAUAUUGAGCAGCAUGGAACUGGUGGGAACUGGAUUGCUUUGCCCCAAAAAAUUGGCCUUAAGAGAUGUGGGAAAAGCUGCCGCCUGAGAUGGCUAAACUAUCUGCGUCCUAACAUCAAGCAUGGAGGUUUCUCUGAAGAAGAAGAUAGAAUCAUUUGUAGCCUCUAUGUUAGUAUUGGAAGCAGGUGGUCUAUAAUUGCAGCACAAUUGCCGGGAAGGACAGAUAAUGACAUAAAGAACUACUGGAACACGAGGUUGAAGAAGAAGCUAUUCGGGAAGCAGCGGAAAGAGCAACAGGCAACUCGAAGGGGAAAUGCCCUAAAGCAGCAAAUGAAGAUCAGAUCAGAGAGCAAUAACACAACUCAUGGGGCUGAGAAUAACAGCGCCGUCUUCUCUCUAAACGACGCCCACAACAACAUUAUUCCUUAUUGGCCUCAAUUCCCUACAGCACCACACUUCAACACCAUUCCCUCUUCUGAUCAUAUGAACCCCAAUGAGAAUUUAACCAAAUUUGGGUUUCAAUUUACAGAAGAAACUCUGUAUAACCCUAAUGGGUAUGGUAAUUUUUUGCCAAUUAUUGAAGGGCAAGGACAAAGCAGCAGCCAAAUGGGGGACCAGCUUGAGAAUUACAACAACAAUAAUAUGGGGUUCGAUGAUCCGAGGAGGGUUUUGUGUAGUGGACUAGAAUUUCUGUAUGGGGAUCAGAUUCAUGGCUGCGAAAUGGGGUCUCUGAUUUCUUCUUCUUGUCCUUCGAACUACGAGGCAAUGCUCCAAGAUUUGUCCACUACUCAAGAAUUUAGUGCUAAUUUUUCCAUGAGUUGAAGGUGUAUUAGAUGAUAUAUUUGGACAAUGAUCAUGGCGGGGGCAGUGUAAAGUAGCUAGUAAUAAAGAAAAAAGAAAAAACACUAUCUUUUAUUAUAUUUUUCCUUUUGAUUGGAGCAAUAAAACAUGGAUAUGUUUGGUUU